CAAAGUUGAAAGUUUACCAUGCCCGAUGUGAAGAACGAAAGCAUGCACACCGAUGUGGCCAAGUUUAUUAAAUUAGUUAAAAUGUAACGUUAUCUUGUUGUGUUAACGUCUGAAUAUGUAUUUAAGGAAGGAGCAUGCUUCAAAUCAAAAAUUGAACCAUUUGAUCUACCAGUAUUUAAAAGAGAACGGCUUCCAGAAAGCUGCAGAAGAACUCAAGAAGCAUGUGAAGAAGGGUGGAGAACCAGAAGCCUUGUCAACAUCACUACUGGAGAUCUACAAUAAAUGGUUCGGAGAUACUUCCAAGAGCACAAAAAAGGGAACAGAACCGGAUUCUUCCAAGUUAAAAAAGAACUGUCAAGCAGACCCUGAAAGCAGCACAGAGAGCUSGAGUUCAGCAGAGGAAGAAACAAAACCUGUUAAAGGCUCCCAGACCCCAAAGCAUCAGAGCCCAGCUACUGCCAGACCAGCUAAGGGCAAGGCUCUAGUGCAGAGCACCUCUGGAGGAAAAGCCACAGUGGGCGAGAGCUCUGGGUCUGACAGCUCAGAGGUCUCUGAAGACUCAGAGAGUGAGGAGACACCACCACAGAAAAUCCCUGUGACACCCAAAGCCAAUCAUGUUCCAGCUGCAAAGGUCAAGGCCAGGUCAGCGGUCACUCMAUUGACCCUGAACAAGAAACCAGCAGAGAGCUCAGACAGUGACAGCAGCUCAGGGAGUGAAGAUGAGAGCCAGAGUCUGCUUCCACAGACAACAGCUGCCACAACUAAAGCUACACCAGUGAAGCAACCAAAACCAAGUUCAACAGCCAAGACAAAAGCCACUCCUGCUACCCCAGCUAAACCAGUGGUUGCUGCUACUCCAAGCAAGGCACCAUCUACUGCCCCAGCCACACCAAAAAGAAAGAAGGUGACCACAAAAGACAAGAAAGCAACAGCAACAAAGAAAGCACAGGCCUCAGCUUCAUCAGCCAAGAGGAAGAGAUGUGAAGAGAAACCAGGGGACAUGCCCGCUAAGGACAAGAGGAAGAAGCCCUCCCCUCCACAGGCGGAGACUGUCAUGGUCGCCAUGCCUCAGACCCCUCCUGUUCCUCCUACUGGGGGAGACGAGUCUGACUCAGAUUCUGACACCGAACUGGAUGUGGAGAAGUGGAAGAAACUGGCACGGGAACUGUCAGACACUGAUAUUGCCAAAAUAGACGCCAUCACUGCACUGAAUGCUCCACCUGCUCCCACCUCACCUGCCUCAGCAGCAAAGAAAACAAGAGCACCGAGGAAGCCCAGGGCCAAAUCUGCAACGAAAACACCAAAACCCAAGGCUGAMGCUGCAGUGAAAAAGGCUGGUCAUGCUAAAAAGUUCAAAGCUACAACUGAAAAAAAAGYCAUGGCUGAGGAGAAUGGGAAGACCAAGACACCAGCAAAAGACAGUAAAGCCAAGUCUAGUCAAGUGAAGAAGACAGCACCUCCCUCCCCAUCCCCUGAACGCCAAGCAGAGGAGAUCAACAAUAAUACAGCUGACCUAAUAGCUUUAGCAGACAAACAGCCACCCUCCAUGCUCUCUACCACAACACUUAAUGGAAAACAGACAGCCAAGAAAGGAAAGAGGAAAAAUGGGAACAUUAGUAAGGCUAAAGCAGAUAAGAAUCUACCAGAACCCAAGAAGAAGAAAAAGAAAAAGGAGAUUGUAGAGGAGAAGACGGAACCAGAGAAGAAGAAAAAGGAGAAGAMGACUAAGGAGAAUGGGGCAGAAAAAGAGAAGGAAAGAAAGAAGAAACAGGAGAAGAUGAGCAGGGACAAUGAGACUGAGAAGAAACAGGAGAAGAUGAGCAGGGACAAUGAGACUGAGAAGAAACAGGAGAAGAUGAGCAGGGACAAUGAGACUGAGAAGAAACGGGAAAAAGACAAGAACAAGACUAAAGGGAAUGGCGUUAAAACUGACCCACUACCUCCAUCCACCACAGGAACGCCUGAUCCUCCAACAGAGAAGAAGAAAAAGAAGAACAAGCUGAAACUCUCAGUGGAGAUUGCAGUGCCUGAGACUCCGGUCACCCCUGUACAGGCAUCCACAAAGACCCCUCCUAGAAAGAAAAAUAAAUCAUCUAAGAGUAAGUCAGGCCUUUAGAGAUGAAGGUCACCUACAAUGGGGCUGUGUCAAGUAUGGACCUGGACCCAGGAUUCUACCUAAAUGGUAGUAGAGCAAUAAUGGUAAAGACUGUCUGUCCACACAAUGGUCUCCCUAGACCAAAUCAACUGGGCCCAGUUUUUCAAAAGUUAUCUAUCUGGAUUUCGCCUAUCGGAGAGGUUGAAAUGCAUAGAAAUAAAAUGAAUAGAACAGAAGUCCCCAUUCAAGKMAAUKAUUUGUCUGUACUAUUCAUUCUAUUUCUAUGCAUUUAAUUGUAUCCGAUAGGCGAAAUCCAGAUAGAUAACUUUAGAAAAACCGGGCCCUGGGGACUUGUUAGAUUUUUUUUACAACAUUGUAUACUGUAUUAAAUURACACUUUUCCUGUUGGUACAUUU